AUGCCUGCAUCGACUCAUUCAGAUCUCAUUCGCGAGAUACGUGAGAGACAACGACGUCGAUCGCAUAUAAUUGGAUCUCAUAACAUUCGACCAAAACAACAUCAAGCUGCUCAAAUCAAGACAUAUACGGAUCUACUAAACGAACAAAUCAUUGGAAAAUAUCCAAUAAAAUCCAUUCAACCUGUCAAGGAAACAAGAAUAGUACGGAACGAUUACUCUCAACACUUUAUAAACACUGGUGUGCGCCCACAAAACACUAUUCGUGAACCACCCUUGCCUUCUCGAUACGACGAGUACCCAAGACUUGCUCAACUGACUAGACUCAAGGAUGACAAUGUCGCUAGAAGAGCUACUCCUAGCAUGUCUCUGCGUGCAGACCUAAAGACGUUGGACCUAAAUGCUAGUCUAGGUGGCAAAUUUGACGUUAUUCUUGUCGAUCCACCACUUGAAGAAUAUUCACGAGUAUCCGCCGUCGCAGGAAGCACAAACCUCUCCAAAACAGGACAGUCGUCAUGGUCGUGGCCUGAAAUCGAAGCUCUAAGAAUCGAAGACAUUGCUGCUCCCAUAUCCUUCUGUUUCUUGUGGGUUGGUGAUGCCGAGGGACUUGACAAGGGACGUCAAGUAUUACAUCGAUGGGGGUUUAGAAGGUCUGAAGAUGUUGCGUGGAUUAAAACAAAUCGAACUUCGCAGGGUGUACAAAUCGUUGAACCAAGAGGAAUCUUACAGCAUACAAAAGAACAUUGCUUGAUGGGUAUACGUGGAACUGUUCGUAGAAGCACUGAUGGACAUCUUGUCCAUUGUAAUAUUGAUACUGAUGUCAUUAUUACUGAAGAGCCUCCCUUUGGAAGUACAGCCAAACCUGAAGAAAUGUACCAUCUCAUUGAACACUUUUGUCUUGGACGACGACGACUUGAAUUAUUUGGAGAGGACCACAACAUGCGACCUGGAUGGGUAACAGUAGGAUCGGAUCUAUCUAUAUCUGAUUUCAAUCCGACAAAGUACUGGCCUCAAUUUGAUGGACCUGAUGGGACUCUUGUUGGUGCUUCACAGGAGGUCGAAUCGCUCAGACCAAAGUCCAAAUCGCCUCCACCAUCGAAAAGGCGGAAUGGGCGUGGUGGUGGGAUGGGUGGUAUGAGUUGA